AUGAACUCGACGGAAUUAUCGGGCCAGUGGACCGCCAACCACGAUCGGCACCAUUUGAUGCAGAAAUUACAGGAUACAGGCGUCCCCGCGGGCGUGAUCAACGACCCUCGCGACCUCUUCGAUGACCCGCAACUGCAGCACCGCAAUCACUUCCAGUGGUUGGACCACCCGGAGAUCGGCCCCUACGCCACCGACCGAAGCGAGUUCGAACUGUCCCUGACCCCCGGCAGCCUCGACACCCCGGCCCCGCUGCUGGGCCAACACACGGAGCAUUUCCUCCGCGAAAUCAUAGGCCUUGACGAAGCUGAGUACCGCUCGCUGGAAAGCGACGGCGUGUUGGAAUAG